CGUUGCGUCACGAAGCAUGCGCCCUGUCAUAAUUCGCUCGUAGAAGAUUGGUCAUAGAUUAAAAUUACAAUAAUCGGACCAUCGCUCAAGUCUGGUUCUGUGAUAAGUUAAUUUGUCGUGAGUGUGGACUGUUUGGUCUAAUGUGCAUUUAAGUGAAACAAUAUAAAUAUACAAGAUGCUUAUCAAAGAAUACCGUGUCACACUGCCCUUAACAGUUGAAGAAUAUCAAGUCGCUCAACUAUACUGCGUGGCGGAGGUCUCCAAAAACGAAACAGGCGGCGGCGAGGGCAUAGAAGUAAUAAAGAAUGAACCAUUCAAAGACUACCCGUUGCUCGGCGGCAAGUUCUCAUCCGGGCAGUACACGUAUAAGAUCUACCACUUGGCAUCGAAGGUGCCGGCUUUCAUCAGGCUGCUGGCGCCCAAGGGGUCCCUCGAGGUGCAUGAGGAGGCGUGGAACGCUUACCCUUACUGCCGGACUGUUCUUACGAACCCUGGCUACAUGAAGGACAAUUUCGUCAUCUGCAUAGAGUCCCUACACUUACCGGACGGUGGUGACCAAACUAAUGUGCACGAGCUACCACCGGAGAAGUUAAAAAACCGAGAAGUCGUCCACAUCGACAUCGCCAACGACCCUCUCUCGUCGGCCGACUAUAAGGCGGAGACGGACCCGACCAAGUUCAAGUCGGUCAAGACCGGCCGCGGUCCGCUGGUCGGGCCCAAUUGGAAGGCCGAUAUCAAGCCGGUUAUGACGUGCUACAAGCUGGUUACGGCCGAGUUCAAGUGGUUCGGCUUGCAGAGCAAAGUAGAAAAUGUCAUCCACAAAUCAGAACGGCGGUUGUUCACGAUUUUCCAUAGACAAGUAUUCUGCUCCAUGGACGACUGGUACGGCAUGACGAUGGCGGACAUCCGCGCCAUCGAGGACCGCACCAAAGAGGAGCUCGAGCGGCUCCGGCGCGAGGGCGAGGUGCGCGGCAUGCGCGCCGACAACGAGUAAACCGUGCGCAAGUGCCUCCGAGCGUGCACAACUCGGGGCGUGCGCAGCUCCGUGCGUACGCAAGUGCGUGGGUCGCGAGCGCGCGUGCGCGCCGCCGGCGGGAUUACUUUGGCGACGGAGGAUGACGCUCUGGAAAACUUUAUUGAAAUGUAUCUUUCUUGUCCAGUGAGAUUUUUUAUGUGAAAAUGAUUCAAUAUAUGGUUUCAUUUCUACAUGAAAAAUAUGUCUCACUACACCUGUAACUGUCAUUUUGUCGACUUCAUUUUUUUUUAUCAAUACUUUUUUUUAUUGGUCCUAUUGCCAUGAAACGAAUGAACAACCUAAAUGAUUUGGGGUUCAAAGGGAACGCGUGUACAGAACGUAGUAAGAAAAAAGAUUGAAACCAAAGAACAUAUAUGGCAUUGAAACGUGAAACUUUUGUAUUUGCGGAAAUAAUAUUAUGUUUAUGGACAUUUUUCUAGAUUUAAUCUUUUCUAAGAAAGCGAUUUUUCAAUAAAGUUUUCUAAAGCGAUUGGCCUCUGACGCCACACUCCGCCGGAGUUCCUCCGAACGCUCACCUUGCCCGCGCGAACAACUGAGAUUGUAUAAAUUUUAUCCAAAAUCUACUUAAAUAAUAAAUGUUGUUUACUUUUAAAGUAUUCAUUAGAACGAGUCAUUUCGCAAUCUCAGUAUACGCGACGGCAUUUCGAUUAGUUUGAUUACCAUUAGAGAAAUAAUGUCAUUGAAAUGUGGUUAUAGAUAACUAUUUAAAUGAAUAACUAAUAAGUCGAUGUAGUCAGUGGUUAACAGGUAGUGUUGUCGUUACCUAAUAAUAAUUAAACAUAAAAUUCUAGACGAUGUUUUGGACUAUUCGCAACGAGAAUUGGUAUUGCCAAGUGUUUGUCGUGGGCUUUCAAGAGAUUAUGUCGGUCAAAUGUUCUAAAGUUAAACAUUAUUACAGAUGUAAUCCAUAACUAUUUUCCAUCGGAAGCGUAUGAACGUGUCUUGCUAUUUCAAUCGGUGAAAAAGUGCUGAAGUUGACUGAAGUAGCAUGACAAAUACGAACGUUUCCGAGAAAAUACGAUGGAAAACAAUUAUGCACUACAUCUGUACAUUGGAUGCUCAUGAUAAAAUAUGAAUAAACACGGUUUAAAUAUAAUGUUCGACAGUUAUAUAUAUUUAAUGUCAUCAUGUACUACACCAUUCGUCAGUAUCACUUAGUCUCAGCACUAAUGUUACGAGAAAAUAAUCUGUGCAAUAAUUUAUGUGACGACAGAAGAGCGCAAGAGUCGUACAUAUACGUAGAUUUUAAUUUGUCUUUCGUGGUAGCUAGUUUAAUGAUCAAAAUAUUUGAUAUGAUCCCUCAAAUUCUCUCCAGUUUAACCUUUUGACCGCCGGAGAGUCUUGCGAACGACGGUUACAGCCGACAGCUUCGCUAAUGCAAUAGACUUACGCGGGACUCCGUAAAGUUCAAUUUCGCUUAAAGCGAUCGCCUGGCGUCCGCGGCACGGCAUAUUCUUCCGCCGUCUGGCGUUCAAAAGAUUAAACAUGUAAAUAUGUUGGCCACUUUUAUUAAAUGAUGUUUUGUCAGAGUCAAUUAGGCUUCUGCGUGUUUAACAUUUAGUAACACGAGGGACAAAUUUAAAUUUAAUUUGUGUAUGACCUUAGGGCUUCUGGCGUCUUUCGAGCGUCGGCGUCUGUCGGCGUCGGUCCAGCGCUAUGGAAAAUGACGUCGCUGAUGCGCAGUUGCGUCGACGCUGCGUCGACGUCGGCCAUAGAAUUGUAGACGCCGACGCUCGAAAGACGCCAGAUGUGGGGGGGGCCUUAAGUGGAAUACUAGUGGGGUAUUUAAUAUGGGGUGUUGCAAGGUAUCUCGGCGCACUAACUUAUAUUCGGGUAGCGGUCGGCUGCGGGCAUGUUACAAUUGGUUAUUGUUACUAUAAUUUUAUUUCGGGUUCAGUACCUAUGUAAAUUGCAACACCUUUGAAUAUAGUGAUGGCUUGUAUAUUUGUAUUUGUAAGUUAUGUUGGUUUACAAAUCAGUAUUUUAAUAUUUGUGUGACAUUCCAGAUUCUAUUGUAACAUUUUUAUAAACUUAAAUUAGUUUUGCUGCAUCUUUGUUUCCAUAACUUGAAAUAGCUCUCUUUGUUGUUUCUUAAUAUGCAGUUGCAUGCAUAGGAAAAUGAUAAUUUGCCAAGAAUAAUGUAUUUAAGAAUUAAUGAGAUCUAUGUUGUUUUUUUUAUUUGAAUUUUCAUAUUUUCGGUAAUGAACUCAGUCGUAUUUAGAAACGUAUCGUCAUUUUCAGUUACGUUUAUUUUUGUGGUCGUGCUUAUAUAUAUUAUUUAAACUACGGGGCUGUCGCGAGUACUGAGGUCAGAUACGAUCGUUGAGGAUAAAAGCAUCUUGUCUCUAUCUCACUGGAGUCGUGGGAAAGAGACAAAACAAAACCCCAUCGCAGGCUAAGACCUUAGAAUCGUGAGCCCAAAGUAGUAUUUUUGCUUAUUGAUACUGCACUUUAUUUUAAUUAAGUUUUUUUUACUUGUGUUGUAUAAGUUUUACAUCAAAUACAGCGUGAUAUAUAUUUGA